AUGUCAAACACCCUUGGCUCAUGCCAGACUGAGGAGCUGAUUCGAAUUCAUAGCAACCUAGGGGUUGAGAAGGGACGCCAGUUAAUCGAGAGCAUUGACGCUCUUGGGUCGCAUCAAGCUAAGGUGCUGAUUCGAGUUUCUGGUGAGGAGGACGAGGCAUUCACCGUCAUUACUAUGCCCCUUCGGAAACUUGAAGCAGGGCAGAGGCACGGAUUUAUUCAGAGCCUUGGUAAGAAUGAGGACGUCUCACCCGUCCAUCAUCACGCUCCUCCAUAUGCAACGCACUUCGGCCAAAUGCCCUUGAUCCUGAGCAGAGAAGCAAACUAA